UGCAUUUAUAAGCCAGCAAGACUUUAAGGAUAUGAAUCGGACCCUUGGAAGUAACAUUACUAUAAAAAUGUAUUCUCCUGCCUGGCCUAACUUUGACUAUACUAUGGUGGUGAUUUUUGUAAUUGCUGUGUUCACUGUGGCAUUAGGAGGGCACUGGAGUGGACUAAUUGAAUUGGAAAACUUGAAGGCAUUGACAAACAUUGAAGAUAGAGAAAUGAAGAAAAAGAAGGAAGAGUAUUUAACUUUUACUCCUCUUACAGUUGUAAUAUUUGUGGUUGUCUGCUGUAUUAUGAUGGUCUUACUUUAUUUCUUCUACAAAUGGUUGGUUUAUGUUAUGAUAGCAAUUUUCUGCAUAGCAUCAGCAAUGAGUCUGUACAACUGUCUUGCUGCACUAAUUCGUAAGAUCCCAUAUGGACAGUGCAGGACUGUCUGUCGUGGCAAAAGCACUGAAGUGAGACUUAUUUUCCUUUCUGCACUGUGCGUAGCAGUAGUUGUGGUUUGGGCUGUGUUUCGAAAUGAAGAUAGGUGGGCUUGGAUUUUGCAAGAUAUCUUAGGGAUUGCUUUCUGUCUGAAUUUAAUUAAAACACUGAAGUUACCCAACUUUAAGUCAUGUGUGAUACUUCUAGGCCUUCUCCUCCUCUAUGAUGUAUUUUUUGUUUUUAUAACACCAUUCAUCACAAAGAAUGGUGAGAGUAUCAUGGUUGAAGUUGCAGCUGGACCUUUUGGAAAUAAUGAAAAGUUACCAGUAGUCAUCAGGGUACCAAAGCUAAUCUAUUUCUCAGUAAUGAGUGUGUGCCUCAUGCCUGUAUCAAUACUGGGCUUUGGAGACAUUAUUGUACCAGGCCUGUUGAUUGCAUACUGUAGAAGAUUUGAUGUUCAGAUGGGUUCUUCUUCUAUAUACUAUAUUUCUUCCACAAUUGCCUAUGCUGUUGGCAUGAUACUUACAUUUGUUGUUCUGGUGCUGAUGAAGAAGGGACAACCUGCCCUCCUCUAUUUAGUACCUUGCACACUUAUUACUGCCUCCAUCGUUGCUUGGAGACGUAAGGAAACGAAAAAUUCUGGAAAGGUAGCAACUAUCAGAUGAUGAACCAACUGGACUAUUCAACAAAUGAAGAAAAUCCUGUGAUUACUGGUGAACAGAUUGUCCCUCAAUAAUAUUAUGUGGACCUGCAAUAAUAAUGUGUCACUGAUUUUCUACAAAUAGAGUUUGACUUUUUAGAUUGACUUUUGAAUUAACAUUCUGAAAGAAUCUUCAGUAAUAUGCUUGCAAAUAUAUAUAUUUUUAUGAGCUGGUACUGACAAUUAUAAAUAGUUAAAAUGCAUUACUUUGGUUAUGUUAAAGUUGUGCCUUCACACUAAAUAAAAACAUAUGGCCUGUGUC